AUGAUCGUCUCCAGAAAAUCGUAUCUAGAAAAGCAGGAGUUGGCAGAACCUGUAAAGCAGUUCAUUGAGAAGCUGGCUGCUUGUCCACUGGAAGAGUUUGUGCUCAUUUCGGAGGCCAAAUCAAAAGAGCUGUGGAAUGGCUUGAGAAUCGAUCUCUUUCACUACAUUCCGAUUUUGAACCGGAUGGACGAGCUUUUGGAGACACAUGUCAAGAAAUAUGAUCUGGACAAAGAAUACCCGAAACUACUUAUGGUGGACGAAGCAGACGAGAGGGUCGUGUGUGCGGUUCUCAACUACACAUACACAUUGCUAGAACAUUGUUCGAACAAGGAGAUAUACAAUUCGGCUUCCUAUGUCUUCCAGCUCAUCAGCUCGUGCUCAAUGGCUGUCCGGCUUUGUGCUUUGAGGCUCACGUGUCUACUUUGUGAGAGAUUUGCCAUUGUUCAGAACAGCAAGUUUUCUCCGCCAGCACAGGUGAGAAACACACUGCUGAAGCUUGCCACGUUUUUCCCUCCACAGGUUGCCCCUGUUUAUACUUCACCAGUUCCUAUUGACACUCAAAACCGGAAGAAACAUAAAAAGGACAAGGAACAGACACAGGCUCUGGUUCACAUCAGUUUACUAGACUGCAUCAACACAGAAAGUCAACUACCAGCAAAGUGGAAAAUUCUGGAUUUCAAAUAUUAUAAUGCAACUGCAGACACAAGGAGAAAACGUGGAGUGCAGUCUCUUUCACAGACAGCGCCUAGUCAAGAAAACCCCUCGAAGAAGAAAUCAAAGCAAAUAUUCAACACACAGACAAAGAAAUCUAAGAACGAAAUGUCGACUGCAUCUGUCGAACAGGAAGGCCUUCACCAUUUCGUUCUCAACGAGGAUAGCGUUCGGAAACUGUCUUUCCAGCAGAUAUAUGAUAAGGCUGCCAACAUAAUACCGAAGGAAAAUCAGUUUGACUUUGUGCUUUCCGUGUAUAUCGCAAAAGCGUUCAACAACAAGUCAUACGAAAGUGUCCAGCUCAGACAGAACCUGGUGACCUUAAAAUGCCUGGCUGUUGCAGCUGCCUCCUGUUGUUGUUUUUACUCUGUGAUGGCCAGCUCUGUGUUUGACGAGGAGCCUUACUUAUUGAGCUACAUGGCCGACCUCAUCAAUCCUGAUAAUGUUGUUCCAUUCGAACCAUCGUACGCAGCUCUGCGGGCAUUUGUGAGUAUUUCUGCCAAAAAAAGUGGUGGAAGCGAUUUGAUGAGGGCUCUUGGAGGAAAUGUCAACCAUGGUCUUUUAUUCCAUAUAUUGCGUUCUGUUCUCAAGGCAGCUAAAGAGGAUCGGACAGACAUGGAUCAUUCUUAUCUAAACUACUUUUUCAAUCUGAUCGCCAACUUGAUCGAUAACAAGCACUUGGUCGCUCACCUUAGAACAGCUGGCCUGAUGAACAUUCUCCUUGAGUUCUUGCCAUUGAAAAAUUCGUUUAGAAUGACAAGGUCUGGGCCAUUGCAACUGAUUGAUUUAUUCCUUAAAUCUCUCCCCGAUAUUCUGGAUAGUUUUAUCGCCAGCAAUGGUUUUCAAAUCAUGAUUGACUUGUUGGCAUACGAAGUGGAUUUCGCAUUGGAAAAUCCAGAUUACGAUGGUGGCGCCCCAAAGGAUGCUAUUGUUUCUCAUAGUAUUAGCGUUCGCCAAGUCAAGACCAUCAACUCGCUUCUCAAGUUAUUUUUUCAUUUGAUCGUCAAUCAUCAAGGCGAUCGUAUGAGGAACUUGUACGACUCUCCGAUCCUCAAAAGCCUGAUCAAAAUUGUGGAAAACCCAACAGUUUUUGGCUACGAACUUCUCACCGAUACAAUCAACAUUAUGACGGGCAUUAUUAACAACGAACCUACUGCAUACGCUAUUUUAAACGAGGCCGGCGUCAUAGACGCUUUUAUGAUAAAUUUCAAUGGUCUCCUCGGAAGAUCAGCCGAAUUGUUAUUGGCUAUCCCAGACGCCAUUGGAGCGAUUUCCUUGAAUAAAGAGGGAUUACAGAGAGUGAAAUCCGAGGACCUCGUGGGAAAAUACUUCAACAUAUUCACAGACGCAGCUCUCUGCAAAGAGCUUCUUCGUGAGGAAAAUGCUUCUCCCCUAGGUUUCAUGUUUGAUGAGCUUGCUAGACACCAUCCUGAACUCGAACCUAUCAUAAAGGAAAACAUACUACACAUAUUCAAACACAUUCCGGAUUUGGUCAACUUCGAGCCUUUGAAGUUUUACCAGUCACCCAAGGGGUCUCUGUAUUAUUCAAAGGAUGAAGAGCUCUGCAAAUUUGAAGAAAACGGCACCGAGCUCGAUAUAUGGGAGUCCAGCAAUCAGGGCGAUCUGCUGGAAUGCUCACUAAUCUUCCUCGGAUCGUUGUUGGAGAACAGUUCCCAUUGGAAACAGGUCGCAACUCUCAUUACUAUGAAAGAUUGUUUGAGAUACGUGUGCAUCCCCAACGUGACAUUUGACUAUGUAUUCUCAAACGCUCUGUUUUCAUUGACAUCAAUCAUCAAGUUUGUCGAUCACGAACGACCUUCUUUUGCUCUCGAAGAGCUAAUGAACGCAAUUUAUUCUGCUUUGCAAGAGCUGCAGGAAUUCACCACGUACAAUAGCGACGAAAAUUCAUUCUUUGACCAAUUUGAUCAGAAUGAUGAGGCUGCUGCGAUCAGAGGUGGUGAGUUUUUCUCGAGGCUUGGUAUAUUGGAUUGUCUUUUAUACGUUUUCAGUGACCAUUAUGGAUCGGCAAACAAACUGACGGCGAACAGCAUGCAACAACUAUCUGCAUAUUUUGGGUCGGAAAAAGGUGUGAUACUGAUGCGAGAGCUAUCAAAUUUCUACAGAAGAAUUACCUUAGAAGAGGUUUUAAUCCACUCGAGAACUCCAGCUGAGGCAUGCAAAGAGGUUUCUGCAGUCAGUAACGAUUUUUCACCGCUUCAGAUCAAAAUCGGAAAACCAAAUGAGAAAAACGGAGAUUGGGAUGGUACCAGUGCCAAAUUUAAAAACCUAUCCAUUCUGUGCUUCCACUUUUCUCGUUGUCAGUCCUGGCUACGUUACAUCUUUAAUUCUUUAUGCCGUAUCAGCACCGAUAAGAGGCAAGAUAGCCGUUUUGGAAUGGUUCCAAAAAAUGCCACUCGUAUGGUGGUUGAAUUUUCGAACAUGAUAGUCAACCAGAUUCGCAAUAUAAAGACAGAGAAUAUGGAGAUCAGGACCGGUUACUAUCUUGUGAUGGUGAAUCUGAUUUACUCCAGUUUAUAUAUGCGCAGCCGGAGCACGGAGCAGGUGAACACGAUGAUGGUUAUUUGCCUUCUUCAAAAUGAAGGUAUAAUUACUCUUCGUGAACUGGCGGUCAGGUACUUUGAAUAUCUCCAGACAUUUGAGAAGUCAGAAGUUGAGAAGUUCGACCAGUUGGAAUAUAUUGACAUAAAUCCAUGUUCUACCACCAUCAAGCUUUUGAACCAGAUCCUGAGCAUCUUCACUUCCAUCGCCACGAAAACAAUGAUUGCUCCUAUUCCCUCCCAGGAAAAACUCUACCCUGAUCUCUUUAGAAACAGUUAUCCGUAUUACCGGGAGUUGAACAAUUCAGUUCUUAUCCAAACUUCUCUCGCAAGUUUUGGGUUGCUAAAUGAACUUUUGAACGAGGAGAACUGCGGAAUUCUUGAUAAGAAGCCUGAGAACAUUCCUCUGAGUCUGGUUGAAAAGCUGAUCGCAAUCAACAAGAAUUUUUACUGCUCAGUUUCCACUUCUCAGUCACCAGCAUUUGAAGGAAGGUUGUACCCACUGACUUAUGAACAGGUUGCUCCAUCUACCAGCAAAAUCGAGUACUUGAAAAGUCUUGGAGUGCCGGAGUCCCGAGCUUUGGAUUUCCUUUUGUUCUAUCGCAACAAUAUCGAAGUUCUGUAUACCGAGGAUCCUGAGGAUCUUUUCGCGCAAUUUGAAUCUCCAGACUCGCCUGUCAAAACUCCAGAUAGCGAACCAGUGGACUGGGCAGAGGUGGUUGAUCGCGCCAAUCGCCAUAAAUAUUCGGCUCCUGACCCAUCACCGGUCGGUCCUCAAUAUCUUCACGUGUGCACGUUAGAUGAUCUGAAUUUCUCCAGAGGUGCUAAUGAGCCCAACUUCAUCGAUUACUGGCUUCAAAUUGCCCAGCUCUUUCCAAAAGCUGUCUACAGAGUCGGAGACUUGCUAAGUACUGUGGUUUCAAAGUCAUCCUAUGGGGAGACUAUGUCGUACUCCGAGAUCUUGUAUCCAGUGUUUAUGAGUGUUUGUUCGUUUGGUUUCACGGACGGUGAUGAUUCUUCGUAUGAAAGACUUGCAAGCAUGCUCAAUCUCCUGGCAUUGCUUCUGGACGAGCAAUGGAUUUCCUCUUAUUCCGGCGUUAUGGAAGAGAUCUUGUCCACCAUUGGUAACCAGAUACAGCCAGAGGCGGCGAACACCAUUUGGUUCCCUAGCGCACUGCUCGUUUUUGAAAAGAUCUUUUGCUCAUGCAGAAUACCGAUGGCACCAGAUGUGGAACCUCUAGAGCAUGAAUUUGCGACGAGUUCUUCUUUCAACUUUUCCUCUGUCUACGCAGUCGAGCCUCAGGUCGUGGAGAAGGUUUUCCAGGCUGUUCUGAAUAUUGAAAAGAUUGAUAACAUUGAGACAGCCCUCGCUGUCGCCAAGAUAUUGAUUCUCUAUUGCGAUUCGGACGAAAAUGGAAUGUUGAUUAGCAAGUCCAAGGUGAUCAAGCCUCUUAUCCAGUCCAUCAAGAAGUUCCCUGACUCGGAUACCAACUUGCAGGCUCUUGUGAUCACUCUUAUCAGAAGAUGCAUGGAAUCAAGGGAGAUUAUAGAAGCUUACUUUGCAAAAGAGCUGGAGAGAAUUUUGGCAGUCCGUAAGAAAGAUAAGAAAGCAAACAGCAAGCCAAGGAUCCGAGAGCUUUCUGGGCUUCUCAAGGAGAAUUCUGCUUUGGUCUUGCGCUCCGAUCAGGUGUUUGUUGAUCUCCUCGUUGAAAUGUGCAUCCUGUACCAAUGUUCUUCCCCUAUUAAAAGCCUCAGCAUCUGUGUUCUUACGCCAGAGCAGCGCAAGUUUUUAAACGAGAACGACGUCUUGAUGAAUGAAGUUGAAAAAGAUGGAGGACGUCCACCAACGGGAUUGAUGCAAAUUCUCCUGAGCGAGUUAAUGACGGUCGCCAAGAGCGAUUUCAUCUCUUCUCCCGAAAAUUCGUCGAAGGAGGAAUCUAAGGAAAAGGAAAAGAAAAAUAAUGGCGCUGAGGAACUGUAUUCAAAGCAUGUCAUGUUUGAGAAUACAGAGUGUGCCUAUGCCUGUUUCUUGUUGCAAACCAUCGCUGAAUUACUGUUUUCCUAUAAACCAGCCAAAACUGAGUUCUUGACAUUUUCAAAAAAACAGAACGAUCAAGUCACGAUCGACAAACCGAGAAGUACAGCCCUCAACUUGUUGUUGCAUCAGUUUAUCUCCUCAGAUCCAUUCAACAACUCUGCAUCAGCAGAAGUCAAGCGUCGUCGGUUGUUAACUCUGCUGGCGAGCGUCUGCAUUGUUGCAUUGGUUUCUUCAACACCAACCAAGGGAGUGGAUUACGACGACCCGAAAAUCACAGACCCGGAUAUGUCAUUUGUGAGGAAGUUCACUGCAGACAUUAUCAUCAAGGUGAUCAAGGAAGCAAACGCGGGUUCAGACAGUGCGUACAAUCGGUAUGGAAAGAUUGUCGACGUUCUAGACCUCACAUGCAAACUUCUCGGUGAGAAAUUCGAGUUGAGCGUUUCUUCUGCCAUGGACAAAACUGUCACCCAAUACGAUUCUUAUUUCCUCGCUCGGGAGCUUCUUGAAAAGAAGUUACCUCUUGCUCUGUCAAACAUUCUUGCCGAUUUGGAUGUCAACUUCCCUCAUACAGAGAUGAUUUCAGGCGGCAUAAUGCGUUGUUUGUCGUCUUUGGGGUCUAUCAAGGUCUCCAAACAGGACCUUUUCCGUGAACAAGGCUCCGGGGAUGCUGAUGAAGAGGACAUUGACGAGGAGGAUUUGGAUGAGCGUGAAGAGACCCCAGACCUUUUGAGAAACUCUACUCUUGGGAUGUACGAUCUGGAUGAUGUCGAAAACGAGGAGGACGAGGAAGAUGAAGAAGAUUUCCUUGAUGGAGACGACAUUGAGAUUGUGUAUUCUGAGGACGAGGACAACGAUGAUGAGGAUGAGGAAGAGCAGGACAACGAGGACGAUGAUGAAAUGAUGGAAUCUGAUGUGGAACUCUUGAGAGGUGGUGAGGGAGACGACGAUGAUAGUGAUGACUCAGCUGAAAACAGUGAAGGCUCUGUUGGCGACCUACUUGACCGUGGUCAGUUUGUUAUUGAUAUUGUCAGUGGGUCAGAUGAGGACAUGGACGAUUCAGAGAUGGAUGAUCAAGAUGAAGACGAUUACGAGGAUUAUCCAGAGCAUGAAAUCGAACUUCUGGCCGAUGAAGACGAUUUCGAUGACGAAGACGAUGAUGAGAACGAGGAUGACGAGGAUAUGAAUAAUAGCGAUGACGACAGUGCAAUUCUUGAGGAGUGGAUCGCAGAGCACGAGGACAACGAAACACAUCGUGGUGGCUCCCACAACCGGCGUAUUGCUUUGCAAUCUCGUGCCAAUGACUUCUUCGUUGAUGAAGAAUCAUCAAACGAUGACGACAAUGAUAUUUUCCAUCGCUUCCACUCCAACCCAUUUGAUUCCAGAAAUGACGACGAGGCUGAAAUGCAGCUUCUGGGUGGAACUUCUUUGAUUCCGCCAUCGGAAAGCUUGCGUGAGUCUGGCGAUCGUUCAGGCUCAGUGUUUUUCCAUCAUUGGAUCUUCCCAAGACAAAGCGGUGGAAGAACACAGAUUCUCCCCGUUAACGGUGGAAGACUUACGGAUAUUUUGCGUGCUCUGAAUGGUCACUCCCCUUCACCUUCAUCCAAGAAAAACCAGCAAGUGCCUAACAUAUAUAUCAAGUCCACGGUUCAGAGAUGGACUGAAACUGUUGCUCUUUUCUAUGGAAAGCACUCAACUAAGUAUGCCUGUCGUGUCAUCCCGAGUAUUGUGAACCGAAUCUUUGAGAAGAGUAUGAAGAUUGCCAACGAAGAAAGACGCAAGGAGGAGGAAAGACAGGAAAAAAUCCGCAAGGCCGCUGAAGAAAAAGAGGCCAAACGUAAGGAGGAAGAAGCAGCAGCUCAAGCCCGUGCCGAACAGGAAAGAGAAAGUAGGGUAGAAGAUCCUGACAGAGAACCAGUGUAUGUCAACAUUGCCGGUCGCGAAGUUGAUAUUAGUGGAACUGACAUUGAUCCCGAAUACUUACAGGCUUUGCCGGAUGAUCUUCGGGAAGAAGUUUUUGCACAGCACAUUCGUGAGAGAAGAGCUGAGGCCACUACCAGUGGAAACCAAAUUCCUGAAAUUGAUCCAGCGUUCAUGGCUGCUCUUCCUGAUGAGCUGCGUAACGAAAUCAUGCGUGACGAGUACCAUGCAUCAUUUGAGAGCCGUAUCAUGCGCUCUUUGGGCGAAGGAGAUGCUGAAUUUGAUGAUGAGGACGAUAAUGAAAUUGUGAUUGAAGACGAAGAGGAGGAAGAAGAGCCACAGAAGAACAAACAUCAGAAGAUUUUCUUCUCUCCGAUGGUUGAUAAGUCUGGUGUUUCUGCAUUGCUCAAGAUGAUUUUUGUUCCUCAACUAUACUACAAGCGUGAAAGCUUCUUCCGCACUUUAGGUUAUCUAUGCUACAACAAGCAGACCCGGAGCGAGAUCGUCACGAUGUUGCUUUAUAUUCUUCAAGAGGGAAUAUCUGACCAGCUUGCAUUGGAGGCCACCUACCAACAGCUUUGUCAGAGAUCACACACUCAGUCACAGAACGAUCAUUUCGCUUCACCUCUCAAAUCAGCUCACACGGCUGUAUCCCCAUCAUAUAACAGAAGUGGUAGCUUUCCGAUUGGCUGCACAACCUUAACUGUUGCGACUCAAGCCAUUGAUGUCAUUCAGUACCUGCUAGAAAAUGAGAACCACAUGAGAUUCCAUUUCUUAAUGGAUCAGGACAAUAACCCAUUGAUGAAGAAGUUAGCGAAAAAGCACAAGUGGAAGGACAACAGCUACAAGUAUCCUAUCAACAUAUUGUUGAACCUGUUGGACAAUCCUUUGAUCAAAGAGGACACUAACUUAAUGGAUAUUUUGUCACGCACUUUCCAGAUUGCUACUCGUCCGUUGCAGGCUAUUCGCUCGAAACUUACCGAAAUUAGUGAUUCGGACAAAAAACAAUCUAAAGCUCCUCAACUGCCUUUCAUUCCCGAUAGAAAUCUGAAACUGAUCAUCAACAUUCUGGUUGCGGAUGAAUGUGCAAGCAAGGUUUUCCAGCAGACUAUUGCAUCGAUACAGAAUCUGUCUUUGAUUGAAAAUGCAAAGGUUGUCUUUCCUAGAGAACUGUCCAAAAAAGCCACUGCAUUGAGUCAAAAGAUCGCUGAUGACCUUAGAAUCCUAAUUGAAGAAAUGAAGAGCAACCCUGAUAGUGAAGAUAUUCCAUCACUCAGCAAUUUUGCUAGUGGCUCGUCUGAUCAGGCCAAGCUUCUGCGUGUUCUCACUGCAUUGGACUAUCUCUUCCAGACAAAACAAAACAAACCUAACGAGUCGUCUGAGGUGGAUGAGCUUAAAGAGCUAUACAAGAGCUCUGCUCUUGGACCUCUCUGGGGCGCUUUGAGUGACUGUUUGUGCAUUCUCAGAGACAACCAGAACUUGGCCCAUGUUGCCACCAUCUUGUCUCCACUGAUUGAAGCUCUGAUGGUUGUUUGCAAACACAGCAAAGUUGAAGACUUGCCGGUGAGGGAUGUCUUAAGAUACCAAGAGAAGGUAUAUGACUUCACAAGUGAGCCGAUUGAAAGCCUUUUCUUCUCAUUCACCGAGGAACACAAGAAGAUAUUGAACCAGAUGAUCAGGAACAACCCGAAGCUGAUGAGUGGUCCGUUCUCUGUUUUGAUCAGAAACCCUAAGGUGUUGGAGUUUGAUAACAAACGAAUUUACUUCGAACAGAAACUCCAUCACGAUGAUGGUGAUAGGCCAACGUUGCCUGUAAAUGUGAAGAGAGAUCAAGUGUUUUUGGACUCUUACAGAGCGCUUUUCUUCAAAUCUCCGCAAGAUAUCAGAAAAUCGAAGCUCGACAUUCAAUUCCGUGGCGAGCAAGGUGUUGAUGCUGGUGGUCUGACUAGAGAGUGGUACCAAGUUCUUUCGAGACAAAUGUUUAAUCCAGACUACGCACUUUUCACCCCUGUUGCCUCUGACAAGACCACCUUCCAUCCUAACAGAACUUCCUGGGUGAACCCUGAACAUCUUUCGUUCUUCAAGUUUGUCGGAAUUAUCAUUGGAAAGGCUGUUUAUGAUGGAUGCAUGCUGGACUGUCAUUUCAGCCGUGCGGUUUACAAGCAGAUUCUAGGGCGUCCUGUUUCCCUGAAGGACAUUGAGUCGCUCGAUCUUGACUACUACAAGUCGUUGAUUUGGAUGCUAGAGAACGAUAUAACCGACAUUAUUGUCGAGACUUUCUCUGUAGAGACCAAUGACUACGGAGAAGAGAAAGUCAUUGACCUAAAACCAAAUGGGCGGGAUAUCGCAGUUACAGAAGAGAACAAACACGAGUACGUUCGGCUGAUUGUUGAAUACCGAUUGAAAACAAGUGUUCAGGAACAAAUGGAUAAUUUCCUCAAAGGUUUCUAUGAGAUCAUUCCAAAGGACCUGAUUGCUAUUUUUGAUGAUCAGGAGCUCGAACUUUUAAUUUCUGGUCUUCCAGAUAUCGAUGUGGAUGAUUGGAAAAAUAACACAGAGUACCAAAACUACUCUGCAUCGUCUCCUCAAGUCCAGUGGUUCUGGAGAGCUGUGAAAUCGUUUGAUGCUGAAGAGAAAGCCAAACUGUUGCAAUUUGCUACCGGAACCAGUAAGGUUCCUUUGAAUGGGUUCAAAGAGCUGCCUGGUAUGGUUGGAGUUUCGAAAUUCAGUAUUCACAGAGUGUAUGGAUCCACCGACCGACUUCCAUCUUCUCAUACUUGUUUCAACCAGAUCGAUCUCCCAGAGUAUGAAAGCUAUGAAAAGCUUCGGGGUUCGUUACUGUUGGCUAUCAUGGAAGGCCAUGAAGGAUUUGGCUUUGCCUGA